AUGAAGGGUGGACUCCUUCUGGAUGUUAUAGUCGGCGAGAGUGCGUCCGUCCUCGAGCUGCUUCCCGGCGAAGAUGAGACGCUGCUGAUCCGGGGGAAUCCCUUCCUUAUCCUGGAUCUUCGCCUUGACGUUGUCAAUCGUAUCGGAACUCUCGACCUCGAGAGUGAUGGUCUUUCCGGUGAGGGUUUUCACGAAGAUCUGCAUCUGUUAAUCACGCACACCACAAUUUAUCAGAUUCACUAA